AUGAUGUUUCAUGGGUCGCAGAACGGCAGCGAGGUCUUUCGCAGGGCGGCGCAGCAGUCGCGGACCACGACGACCGACUCGGAGCGGUGGCCGCGCACGUUCCUCGAAGACGCCAAGAAGAUGAAUGAUGACGCGCUCCUCCUGCGCGGCGAGUCAAUCACGCGCCAUGUUCGCCAGCAGAUUGCGAUCCAGCACGACUUGCUUCGGCACCACGAGACGCCGAUCCGGUCCGACUACAGCGCCGAGACGGCCACGUACACGGUCUUUGCCUCGACGCUCAUCACGGGUUCGCUCGCCGAGGUGCUCAAUGUCUUUUCAUGCGACGCGCAGCUCGGCUUCCAAGCGUUUCUGGCUCGUGUCUUUGGCGCCGAGCUCAUCGAGGUCAAGACCGCGCGCCGGCUCGCCACCGGCGUCGCGUCCUAUAUGCGCGACGACGACGACGACAGCGCGACCGUCGUCUCGGACGUCCCGAGCAGCAAGAGCAGCGACGACGUCCGGAAGCGCAACGUGGCCGGUGCGAUCAAGCACGCCAAGUUUGAAACCAAGCGGUUCUUCUCGCGGACGCGGCACGACCUCGUGUUUCUGGAUGCGAUGCAGCAGCCGUCGCCGUCGUCGGUGCUCCGCGCGUUCAAGUCGCUCGACAACCCGCAUGUGUACCGCAUGGCGGACGCGAAAUGCAAGCUCCAGCACGUCACGUCGCUCCUCUUUGGCUACCACAUUGAAGAAAUCCGGUCCGACCGUGUGCAAAUGGCCUUCUAUGGCAAUCAUUUUGGCCCGAAACCGAGCGGGUCGUCGUCGCCAAGCGCGUUUGGCCACCAUGUGCUCCACCGGCUUGCAAAAGGACUUGCGAUCCUCGCCGACGCCGUCGUCCGGCGACGCCUCGCGGCGCACAUCACGACGGUCGACGCCGCUGCGCUGCACUCGGAUGCGUGCACGCGCUGUCUCAAGCGCACGCCGCUCCGCAAGCAAGUCGUCUGUCGGCUCUGCGGCCUCAACUUUUGCCAUGCGUGCUCGAGCAUUGAGCGCGUCGAGUCGGCGACAAGCGUGAGUUUCGAGCUCCGCGUGUGCCUUGUCUGCUACGAGCAGUGCAAGGCCAAGUACAUUUUGACCAACAAGGUGCUCGCGACCACGUCGCUGACGGCGGCCGCGGCACCGGUCGCACCGACCGCCUCGAUGCGCCGACCCAGCGUCCGCCAGCAGCGCGUGAGCCGUGCGGGCAAGCAGCUCGUGCAGGCGCUCAAACACUCCAAGAUUGCAACCCACGAAGAGCUCUUGCACCGCAUUAGCGAGCUCAGCGACGACGGGUCGAGCCAGUCGUUUUGCCAAACCGAUGUCAUGCAGCUACUCCAGUCCCUGCCCGAAGAGAGCACGACGCCUCGGAACCUUCGCCACUCGUUCAUGACGCCAAAGAGCAAGACCCCUGCCGCAUCAUCAACGACAACAACGACGACUACGACGACGCCCAAAGCUCGACCAAAGAUCGAUCUCUGGACCGGCUUUCGGACGCCGCGCGGCAGCGACUACAAGGCGCAAGACCACAGCAAUCGCUUUGAGCGUCUCUCGAGCUCCGAGGGCGAGGCACCGCCGCGGCCGACACCGUCAUGCACACUGCCCACUCGGUCGAGCAUGCCGCAGCCCAAGACGAUGGUCAUGCCGGCGCCAGCGCGAACCACGUUCGUAACACCACCACCGACGAAGGCAUCGGCAGUGCCGCCGCCCCGUCGAGCCGUGUCGGCGUCGUCGCCACGAACCCCGAUGGGCCGUAGCUCGAUCCAGAUGGAGAUUUCGCUCCAAACGUCGCGGGAAGCCGAGCAGCUGCGGCAAAACAUCUUUGUGAACCACGCCAUGAACUCGGAGCUGGACGCCAUGUGCGAGUCGCUCGUGCAGGACGUCGAGGUCGCCCAAGCCUACGUCUGCGUCGUCUACAAGGGCCAGUGUAUCCUCAAGGCAGCGUUCGGCGACAACGUGCCGCACAUGAUUUCGCCGGCGUGCGCUCUCAACCUGGCGGUGCUCUCGAGCCGGACACCUACGUUUGUCUCGGACGCGAGCGUCGACGCGCGAUUUGCCGCGUCGCCGCGCGUCACGGGCGCCGAGAGCAUCCGCUUCUUCUACGGCGUGCCGCUCAUCACGAGGGACGGCAUUGAGCUCGGGACGUUGUCGAUCGCAGACGACAUGCCCCGCGGCCGCAUGGCAGCGACGGCCAAGGACCGGAUGGCGCGCGUCGCCGCCGACGUGUUGGCACUCAUGGAGCAGCAGAGCCGCAUCGCGCUCGUUUAAGUCCAACAUAUUAUGGUUCUAUUUAGUUGUCCC